AUGGGGGUGGCGGGUGUGGCGCGUCCUGCUGUCGCCCGAGCGGCUCCUGCACCGCCCCCCCUCCCCCCCCCCCCCCGCCCUUUUCUCCUCUCUCUCUCCCUGCCGCACCCUGUGUUGGGAGGGGGGGGGAGCUUGGAGGUUCAGAGGGAGGCAGGAGGGGAUCUGCAGCACCAGCCCCCCCCCCACCCCCCCCCCCUUUCUCCUCCACCCCUGCUGCGGAGGGAGGCAGGAGGGGAUCUGCAGCACCAGCCCCCCCCCCCGCCCCCCCCCCUUUCUCCUCCACCCCUGCUGCGGGUGCAGCAGUGGGGGGGAGGGGAUCUGCAGCAGCAGUGGGGGGAGGGGAUUUGCAGCAUCAGCCCCCCCCCCCCCCUCCCCCCCCGCCCUUUUCUCCUCUCUCUCUCCCUGCCGCACCCUGUAUUGGGAGGGGGGGGGAGCUUGGAGGUUCAGGGGGAGGCAGGAGGGGAUCUGCAGCACCAGCCCCCCCCGCCCCCCCCUUUCUCCUCCACCCCUACUGCGGGUGCAGCAGUGGGGGGGAGGGGAUCUGCAGCAGCAGUGGGGGGAGGGGAGUUGCAGCAUCAGCCCCCCCACCCCCCACUUCUCCUCCAUCCCCCUGCUGCGGGUGCAGCGGUGGGGGGGAGGGGAUCUGCAGCCCUGUGCUGCCCUGCAGCCCUGCACGCCCUGCGCGCCCGGCUGUCCUGCUGCCCUGCGCGCCAUGCGCGCCCUGCAGCCCUGCGCGCCCUGCGCGCCCUGCUGCCCUGCAGCCCUGUGCGCCCUGCUGCCCUGCUGCUGCCGCUACAGCCCUUGCUGUUGCCGCUACAGCCCUUGCUGCUGCCCUGCGCGCCCCGCGCGCCCUUCAGCCCUGCUGCGCCCCGCGCGCCCUGCUGCCCUGCUGCCCUGUGCGCCCUGCUGCCCUGUGUGCCCCGUGCAGCAGUGGGGGGAGGGUAUGGGGGUGGCGGGUGUGGGUGCAACUGCGGGGUGGCGGGUAUGGGGUUGGCGGGUGUGUGA